CUGGCAUUAGUAACUAAUCCACCAAAUUCGGGCGAUUAGUGUACUAAUCUCGGCAAACAUGGCGGAAGAUUUGUCUUACUUUGCAGAGUAUGUGUAUGAAAACGAAAUAAUACAAAAUUACUUUCGAAUUCCACGACGAUUAGUUUGUGAUCGAUCCAAUCCUAUUGAAAAGCUUGACGAUCAACUGUUUAUCGAAAGGUAUAGGCUUUCUAAAAGAACUGUUAUACUUGUAUGUGACGAAAUCAAGCACCUCUUGCCAUCAUAUAAUACAAGAAGAAACCAUCCUAUAUCGCCUCUAUUGCAGUUAUUGAUCACUUUACGUUUUUAUGCCACUGGAAACUUUUAUCACGAAGUGGGAGAUCUGACUUCAACAUCGAAAUCAAGCGUAUGUAGGAUAAUUAAAACUGUAUCUAAAGCUUUGGGGAGCCUUUCAAAAAAGUACAUCGCAUUUCCAUCGACCAUGCUGGAAUAUAGAAAAGUCAUUAAAAAAUUUUAUGAUAUUGCUAAGUUUCCAGGUGUUAUAGGUGCUAUAGAUUGUACUCAUAUUCCAAUUUCAUCUCCUGGAACAAAUGCAGAAUUAUUUAGAAAUAGGAAAGGUUAUUUUUCAAUCAAUACCCAGGUAGUCAGUGAUGCUAAUUUACUAAUAAGAAACUUAGUAGCAAGAUGGGCUGGAUCAGUACAUGAUUCUACAAUAUUUAAUAAUUCAGAAUUAUGUCUGAAAUUUGAGAAUAGAGUUCCUCCUGUCACAUGCUAUCUUCUAGGAGAUGGUGGCUAUCCCUGUAAACCAUAUUUGAUGACACCACUUUUAAACCCAACAACAAAUACAGAAGUAAAAUAUAAUGCUGCUCAUAUUAAAACUAGAAACACAGUAGAGAGACUAUUUGGAAUAUGGAAGAGUAGGUUUCCUUGUGUAAGGUUUGGUCUUCGAACUAAACUAGAAACAUCACUUGUUAUUAUUGUUGCUACUGGUGUUCUCCACAAUAUACCUGCCGCCCGCAUAGCAGGUUUUUUUGUGUUUAUGCCCAGUGGGUACUAA